UCAGUCUCCGUGCAACUCUGGAGGGAGUUGGAUGGGUGACAUUCUCUCUGGCUGUUAGAAACAAGUGACUAGAAAUCUGUGUGUGACUCUGUUAAAAGUCUAUUUUAUUCAGUUGGGUCUAGAUGACUACGCUGGGAGUAUAUGAACAACUGUCAGCCGCUGGCAGUGUGACGGAGGAGGGUACGAUGGCUACUGUGCUGGAUGUAAACAAGAGUUAUAUAAAACCUAACAACAAUGUAAACAUCGAGUAGACACGAACUACUACCGUCCUUAGAAUAGAAUACCCAUCCUAGCCAGCAGUAAGCCCAAACAUCCUUGGAAAGGGCUAGGAGAGCUUACGAAGUCCUACCCACAGGAAGCCGUCCCAGGAAGAAUAGGACAGGCGGGAGAGACGAAGGAUAGACCUGGCGGAUAGGAGAAAAAGGAGCCUACCCACGGCACCAUGAUAGUGUUGUGUCGGAUGGCGAGGAAGUGUUCACGACGCUUCAUUCUGGCUAGCCUCAUCCUCAUCAUCCUCUCCUAUCAACUCAUCCUCCUCAUCUGCACCUACCAUGAGUAUAUCUUGGCCGUGCUACCUGACCCACCACUGCCGGUCCAGCGACGCUCAGCAGAGGCCAGUGGCAGCAAUGGGACGACGGACGGUGCGAGGACCAGAGACGGAAGGCAAGGAGAGAGUGACCGAGGCCAUAAGGAGGAAACCAGCCCCAAGAUUCUCUGUCUUAUCGUGACGUCACCACAGUACCACGAAGAACGGGCUGCCCACGUAGCAGCCACCUGGGCCACCCACUGUACCCGGGCCGUCUUCCUCACCACCGCCCACCACCCGCUCCUCCCUGACACCCUUCUCACCUCCGGCGCCUCCACCUACCACCAGCUCUGGGACAAGGUCACACAAGGGUUCGUGUGGGCGUACAAGCAGAGGACAGAAUACGACUGGGUAGUGAAGACAGAUGACGACACCUUCCUGCUGGUGGAAAACUUGCAGAAGGCGGUGCUUACCCUAGACCCAGAUCAACCUCAAGCAACCGGACUUCACCUUCGCACCUGGGAGACGAGCAGUACUUACCUGAACGGUGGUGCGGGUUAUGUCUUGAGUCGGGGCGCUGUCACCAGACUGGUCGAGGAGGGCAUUAAUGGUCGUGUAUGUAGCGACCACCUCAACUUUGGACCCGGAGAAGACGUCAACAUGGCCGACUGUCUCACUUAUCUAGGUGUGGAGUUGCUUGACUCGCGGGACUCAUCAGGACGACAGAGGUUCCACGUAUACCCGCCUAACAAGGUGCUCGACCCACGUCAAGCCAACAGCUUUUGGCACCUCUGGCUCAAGAAAAUAUCCGUCUUGCCUUAUAAAUUUGGGUUCUCUGAGAUGAGCAAGGAGGUGAUAAGCUUCCAUUAUGUCGACGCCCAGACCAUGUACCUUCUCUACUACCUCAUCUACUUCGUCAAUCCCGGCGCUGCCUCCAACUCCACCUUCCGUAGUCUUCGGGAGUCUCUUUUCCACUCUCCGGAACCUCGAAGACCUGCAUUAUUGAUUUAAAACACCUCUACGACCUUCUCCACAUUUCCCCGGACCCCGCACCUUCACACACCCCUUCCCCCACCACCACUCUGAACCCUUAUCAUCAUCACAGGUUUGUAGAAUAUCCAUUAUGAAGGGUAAGAAAAGAGAGAGACGAUUAAUGAAACAGUAUGUUAACAAAAGGAAAGUAAAAUAUAUUCCGAUGAUAAACUAAAUUUGGGUUAAGGGUUGAUAACAUAAGGGUUAACCCAGAAGGAAAUCACGCCAUAUUUUAUUAUAUAAACUGCCCAUGUUACCACCCACAGCGAUUACAAGCAGUCUAGCGUAGAAACAAAAGACUGCAACUACUGAAGGGUAGAAGCUAAUUCUUAAAAAAAAAAAAAAAAGCUUAUUGGGUGUCCAGUAGUUUUAUCAUAGCUACACAAAACUCCGGACAGAUUCUGGGCUCCUUUCAGGCAAUUUCAACAGAUAUGGUCGGUUGGCAAUCCUCUGCAAACAGUCGACGAUCCUCCUAUGUAAAACCGCACCAAAUAAGUUAUUGGCACAGAUCGAGAUGCCUUGCCCGUUAACAAACGACAUCCUGCCUAGUAAACUACUCGUGUCCACAACAUUCAGUAAGGUAGCCUUGGUACAGCUCCUGCUUCACUAAGUUGUGUGGUGGAGGAAAGUCAGUAUGGAGGAGGAUUUACUGACCAAGGUAACAGAGGGUCGGGUGAUCGGUUAUUUCUCUUUUAUACUCUGUUGGCAAGUACUGAGCAUGUUAGGGCUCUGUUACACACUGUUGGCAAGUACUGAGCAUGUUAGGGCUCUGUUACACACUGUUGGCAAGU